CACAACUUCUAUUAUUAUUAUUAUUUUCAAAUUAUAUUCAAUAAUUAUCUAUGAUACACGUUUGUAUAUAUAUAUAUAUAGUUGUUUGAAUUUGCUUUGAACUCCGUCUUUGACUGGUUUGCUGAUUGUUCCACUGCCACCCUUCUUGUUCUUGUUCAUUUCUUUUCUUUUCUUUCUUUCUUCUCUGGUGCUUUUGGUAUUCUUGUUUUUGGAAUUCAAAGUUCACCUUUUUCUUGGUGCAUCAGAAAAAGCUUUCUUUAAUUCAAAGCUCCAUUAUUUAAUUCUUUUCCGUUCCUCUUCUUGCUCUUUAUCUUAUCUGUGGAGAUAUUGAUGGGUUUUGAGAAAAAGAUUCUGCUUAGAACUGUGUUAAAUUCUGUCUUAAUUUGUAUUAGUGUAAACUAUAAAAUAUUUAUUUAGUGGGUCUGGGAGCCAGUAAUUUUAAAUUGCUGCUGUCUGGUUUUUGGUGUAAUAAAGCUGCUUCAAAUUCCAAUUCUUUGGGGGGCGUUUUAGUGAUUGUUCUUGAGGAAGAGUAUUUAGCGCUUUGCAGAACUGUGAGAAUCAGAAAGUUCAAUCUAUAAAGAGUAUGAGUCAACCUAAAAUUAAGCGUAGAGUAGGUAAAUAUGAAGUGGGAAGAACAAUUGGUGAGGGAACAUUUGCAAAAGUGAAAUUCGCAAGGAACUCCGAGACAGGGGAACCAGUGGCCCUGAAGAUUCUUGACAAAGAGAAAGUUCUUAAACACAAGAUGGCUGAACAGAUCAAACGAGAGGUAGCAACAAUGAAGCUUAUAAAACAUCCUAAUGUUGUUCGAUUAUACGAGGUGAUGGGAAGCAAGACGAAGAUAUUUAUUGUCUUAGAGUUUGUUACUGGGGGAGAGCUUUUUGACAAAAUCGUAAAUCAUGGAAGGAUGAGAGAAGAUGAAGCUAGGAGAUAUUUCCAGCAGCUUAUUAAUGCAGUUGAUUACUGCCACAGUAGGGGUGUUUACCACAGAGACCUGAAGCCAGAAAAUCUGCUUUUGGAUACUUACGGGAACCUCAAAGUUUCUGAUUUUGGAUUGAGUGCAUUGUCUCAACAAGUCAGGGAUGAUGGCCUACUUCAUACUACUUGUGGCACUCCAAAUUAUGUCGCUCCAGAGGUUCUUAAUGAUAGAGGUUAUGAUGGAGCAACUGCAGACUUGUGGUCAUGUGGGGUGAUACUCUUUGUACUGCUUGCAGGGUACUUGCCUUUUGAUGAUUCUAAUCUUAUGAACCUGUAUAAGAAAGUGAGCAUUCUGCACAUUUUCAUAGAAUUAUUCACUCAUUGUUUUUUGCCCUCUGGUUUUCACUUUUCUUCUCUCCAUAUGCAGAUUUCAGCAGCUGAGUUCACUUGCCCUCCCUGGCUAUCUUUUGGUGCCAUGAAAUUAAUUACUAGAAUAUUGGAUCCCAAUCCAAUGACCCGCAUCACAAUUCCUGAAAUCUUGGUAGAUGAAUGGUUUAAGAAAGACUACAAAGUCCCUGUGUUUGAGGAGAAAGAAGACACCAACUUGGAUGAUGUUGAAGCCGUUUUUAAGGACUCAGAAGAACACCAUGUAACAGAAAAGAAGGAAGAGCAACCAACGGCUAUGAAUGCAUUUGAGUUAAUUUCUAUGUCAAAAGGACUAAAUCUCGGAAAUUUGUUUGAUUCAGAACAGGGAUUUAAGAGGGAAACAAGGUUCACAUCCAAAUGCCCGGCCAAUGAGAUAAUCCAUAAGAUUGAAGAAGCCGCCAAGCCUCUUGGUUUUGAUGUUCACAAGAAGAACUACAAGAUGAGGCUUGAAAAUAUGAAAGCUGGGAGAAAGGGAAACCUUAAUGUUGCCACCGAGAUUUUUCAAGUGGCGCCUUCUCUACAUAUGGUUGAGGUGCGAAAAGCAAAAGGUGACACUUUGGAGUUCCACAAGUUCUAUAAAAACCUUUCGACCUGCCUUGACGAUGUUGUGUGGAAAACUGAAGAGGACAUGCAAGAAAUGAAGUAACAAUAGAGCCUGUUUUGAAGCGCGCGCUGAGCAUCAUCCAACUGUGUCAUACUUGUUCUAUAUCUUCAUUCUUUAUCGCCCUCUUUUCCUGGGACCAUUUUCUGUUCUGUAGAAUUAGAGAGACAUGAAAAUUCAGGAAUUAUUUUCCGUGCUAUUGUUAUUGUAAAGCAUGGAAAAUUCUGAUAGGCUUGUUUGUUUGUCUCUCAUCUGAACGAAGUCAAUAACUUGAAAUUUGGCAAAUGGAAGUGUUUGUAUAUGUUUCUUUU